AUAUUUAUUUUGUGGGUUGAUUUUCGUGGGCAGAUUUGGGGUGGAGCAAAACCUCUUCCUCUCUGACUAGACUGACUAUACAGGUAACGAUGUGAAUGUUCCAACGCAGCAGAGGCUUCGACAACUGUAGGCUACAAAAUAAGAUGUGAUAUUUGUUGAGAUAAUAAAAAUUCAUGCAAUUCAAGAACCCACCUCUUGUGUCAGCACUUUAACCACGAGUCCAGUGGAUUCGUGCUUUACCUAGGGCCCACUAUCACCGUCUGUGAGGUUAGGGGCAAGAUGUGGGGAGAAGUUGGAGGGGCGUUGGUGUUGUUGCUGCUUUCGGAAGUCUUGGACUGCAUUGGUAUCUCUCCCCCAGGGAAACCUGUGCUCAUCAACUGUAGAUCCCCUGAGAAGGAGACAUUUACAUGCCGGUGGGACCCUGGUUUUGAUGGAGGACUACCCACAACCCACCACCUCUAUUACCAGAAAGAAGACUCCUAUGGAAUGUACGAGUGCCCAGAUUACCAAGCUGCAGGGAGCAACUCGUGCUUCUUCAACAAGAGCCACACCUCUAUAUGGGUCAACUACAACAUCACAGUGGUGGCCAUCAACUCUCUGGGCAGCACUGUCUCUGACCCGCUGGAAGUCGAUGUUAUGUAUAUUGUCCAGCCCAAUGCCCCAGAGAAUGUGACAGUGUCUGUGGUGGAGACUGAGGAGAGUCCACACCUCCUGGUGAAAUGGGAGCCCCCUCACGAGGCCGACACACGCUCUGGCUGGAUCACUCUCACCUACCAACUACGGGUGAAACGACAGAAUAAGAAGGAGAGCGAGUGGGAGGAGUAUGCCUCAGGGAAGCAGACCCAGUUGAUCAUCUACAGUCUGCAUCCAGGAGAGGUCUACAUGGUCCAGCUUCGCUGUAAACUAGACCAUAGCCUCUGGAGCGAGUGGAGCACCACUACACACACAGAGGUCCCUGAUUACUUUCUGAAGGAGCGAUCGAUCUGGAUUGUGGUCACCGUCUUUUCUGCUUUUAUAAUCCUGCUUGUUACCUUCACCCUGGCCAUGAAGAGAAAAUAUGUGAAGCAUUGUCUUCUGCCUCCUGUUCCUGGUCCAAAGAUAUCAGGACUAGAUACACAACUCCUGAAGAGUGGGCGGUCCGAGGACAUUUUAAGCUCUCUGAUCAACCAGGGCUUUCCUCCCACCAUAGCCACUAAGGACCAGCAGGUGGACUAUCUGCUGGUGUUUGAUAGUGAACAGGUGACACCAGAUCUUCAGAAUGGACAAACAAGGACAAAUAACUCCAUAGAUCAUGGUUGCUAUGACCACAGCCUUUUGAUGGAGGCUAAUAAUAAAGAAGUAAAAGUUGGAGGCAGAGAGACGGUGGAACAGGGUUAUUCUGAGGGGCUUGAAUCUACUUUCAGGAAGACCAAGAGCCUGUCCACUGACAUUACAUCUCACCCAUAUCCUCAGAAGAAGCCAUUCAACAAUGUUACUGAAACGCCAAAGCAAGCGCCUGUUUCCAGCAAGUAUCGAUCCUUAAGCCAUCAUAAAGAUCUCUGGGACAGCUUAGCCAGACAUCUAGACUACAGGGAAACAGUGGUCAAGAGCCAAUCAAACUGUGAUGACAAACAUUUGUCAUCACAGAAUAAUGUGACUCCCUCGAAGGCCAUUGGUUGUGUGGAGGUUCAGAGGUGGACAAAGAGCAUAGGCCUACAGGUGCUUGUACCUAAGAUGGAUAAGAGGCAGGAGGACUAUAGCAAAGUGAGUGUGGUGGAGAAUGAUAAUGUAGUGCUGCUCAAGAGAGAAACGGUCCCCCUCAAUUGCACUUCCUGUAAGGUAGGAGGCAAUCAAUCAGAGAAAUGUCUCCAACAGAAGCCAUGUAAACCUAAUAUGACAGUGCCUGCAAAAGAGGGAGUGCAUAUAGGAUCUAAUGGUUAUGUGGAGCCUGUCACACACUUUAUAAAAAUGUAAUUGUCUGAAAUGACAUUCCAAUGUAGCAAAAAAAUUAAAUACUCAGGAUUGUGACAUUUUCACUGACAAGAGAAUUGACUAUAUCAUGUUGCUCAGGAUAUUGUUUUUGUAUGUACUGUAUACAGUGAGCCAAUAAAUAUGGUAUUUUCUGAUUAA